UCCCAGACGUCAUACAUGUGUUUACAUCAACAACGAUAAGGAGUGCGAAAAAAUUCCUGCUUGGAUUUUGGAAUUUAUGUUAACAAGAAAGACAGAAAACCAAAGGAGAUAGACAGUUGUAUACAGUCGCUCUUUAGAAGCCACAAUACGAAGGAAUCCGGUCACCAUGGAAACCGACACAAUGGAAUCACGGUUCUGUGAUACCACUAAGAUUGACGUCCCGCGUACUCUGGAAGACCUCAUCAAAGCACUACACAAAGUAUUUGAAGAUGACAAGGUCAAUGUGGAGUAUGUGAAAGAGCUGAUGACCUCGUAUGAAAGCAACAGAGCCGACUGGAAGAAAUACGCCAAAUUUGACCUUCACAGAUAUACUCGGAACCUGGUCGACGAAGGAAAUGGGAAAUUCAACCUAAUGUUGCUCUGUUGGAAUGAGUCACAGGGAAGCAGUAUACACUCUCAUGCUAACUCUCACUGUUUUAUGAAGAUCCUUGACGGCGGUGUCCAGGAGGAACGGUUUGAGUGGCCGGAUGAAUCGGCUGAUAACCCCGAGCAGAUGAAGCACAUCGACACAAAAGGGUUUAAAAAAAAUGAAACUGCCUACAUCUGUGAUGAGCUUGGACUCCACCGCGUACUAAACCCGAGCCACUCCGACAAAGCUGUGUCUCUCCAUCUCUACAGUCCGCCAUUUGAUGAGUGUCGAUGUUUUGACCAGAACACGGGCCAUAGUUUUCCAGGAAAGGUCACCUUCUGGAGCAAAUUUGGGGAGCGAACCCCUUGUGGCAAGCCUAAUGAAUGUGCAGCAUAUUGUAAAGAAUCUGCUGAAAAUAACUAGAGACCUGAGAAAGAAAUUCCUGCUGAGAAAGAAAUUCCUAUGGAGUAUAAUGGCUCUUGGGUCAGAAGGCUUGUUGAUACUGUAUCAGAAGGAAGACAAAACCCUCAAUAUACCAUGUGUCACAGCUCGCCUGUUUCACAUGUUGGAUUCCCAUCUUGUUUCACAUGUUUGAUUCCCAUCUUGUUUCAAAUGUUGGAUUCCCAUCUUGUUUCACAUGUUGGAUUCCCAUCUUGUUUCACAUGUUGGAUUCCCGUCUUGUUUCACAUAUUGGAUUCCCAUUUUGUUUCAAAAGUUGGAUUCCCAUCUUGUGUGCUUUAAAUCACAUAUAAUCCGAAAGUGAUCAUUUUCCAAACACACCUUCACAGGAAAUAUUAUCUGGAAUUCACAAACGAUGUUUGAUAUGAAGUCAUUAUACAUGUGUUAAUAUUGAAGUCAGGUUCAUCUAAAUUUAAAACAUAUUGCACUAAAGUGUUAGCUGUAUGAUCAGUAAAAUAAUUAAGUUAAAAAAAGAUUCCUGCAGCUUGUGACCUGUUUGAUUUUGGUCUCAUCUAAAGGUCGUGACCUGUACAGUAGUUAAUGAAAAUGCCCGUAAUGAUUAAACUCUCGUGUAAAGGUCGUGACCUGUAUAUUAACCAAUGAAAAUACCAGGAAUUAUUAUACCCUGAUACUAAUAUAUAAUAAAGGUCGUGACCUGUAUAUUAGCCAAUGAAAAUGCCAGGAAUGAUUAUACUCUGAUACUAAUAAAUAAUAAAGGUCGUGCCUGUAUAUUAGCCAAUGAAAAUGCCAGGAAUUAUGAUACCCUGAUACUAAGGUUGUGACUUGUAUAUGCGUGAGUAUAGAGAAAUCUUUGAUAAGGAAUAUGAGAAGAGAAUUAUGUUGAAUGAUGUCUGCGUAUGUGAUCACUAAACUUCUAUAUUAAAUUGUCUUCAUAAUUUUCUGCAGGAUCUUACCCAAAGAUAAAGUAUUGGAAACUCAAAACUUGAAAGAAAGAAAACUUUUCCAGCUUGUUUUAAUCAAGAAGACUGUUAAAAACCUAUGUACAAUCUGAAGAUCAGAGAUAAAUUUGCUCCGGAAAACAUUAAAUUGAAAUCCAUGAUCUACAAAAUAAGUUUAAAGUUAAUUAUGUUUACCAUUACUACAGUUUUACAGUAUAUGAAUAAGAAAUAUAAUUUAUAGAUGUGAGUGGUAAAUGUGUAAAUGUAACUGCACGAGCUGAAGUGUUUAUUUUGAUUAUUUCUUUUUUAAUUUCUAUUUUUUGAAAAAAAAUUAAUACCUGAAUAAAAUCUAAUUUUCAUCCAUAUUGAUUUAUAUUAACCAUAAUGAGUACACACACAAAAAAACAAAUAGGCAGAUUAAAACAUCAAACAGAUAGCUAUCCACAUAAGGGAGAUGAUUCACAUAAAAACACAUAGGUGUCAUGUAUCAUUCAAGGGAGAUAAUCAAAAUAUCAGAUAACUAUAUGUAAGGGAGACAAUUCACAUAAACUAUAUAGCCUGUCAUAGAUGUCAUGUAUCCUUCAAGGGAGAUAAUCAAAACAUAGCAAACAGAUAACUCUAUGUAAGGGAGACAAUUCACAUAAACCACAUGGCACAUGUAUCAUUCAAGGGAGAUAAUUCACAUAAACCACAUGGCACAUGUAUCCUUCAAGGGAGAUAAUUAAAACUUAUCAAACAGAUGGACUCUGUAUGUUAAUCAAAUAAUGUGUAAGAUGAUAUAUAGCUGUAUUUGGUAUUUUUCGUAAAAUAGGGAAAAGUUUUUCGACCAGAAAAAAAAAGAAAAAAAAAUCAGCCUGUAUUAUAUCAGAAUAUCUUGCAUAGUAGUUUCAAAACCCUCAUUACAUUGAUUGUAAGCUUUAAUCCAAAUCAUCAUAAAAUAUAGCUGGUAUCCCGUAGUGACCUACAGUUGUCCCUUGACAUUAAACUCUAUCAUAAUCUAUAUUGAGGUAUAGUUCUUUUUCACCCAAAAAUGAUAAAAAUUUCUAAUUAUAGAAUCCAUAUUCAUGAAUAGCCAUAAAGAUAUUGCUAUGGAUUUUGGUGAAAGAGAUAGUUGUUUAAAAAAUGGUUGAUUUCUUAAAAUUUAAAAUACAAUGUGGAGAAGUGUAGUUUAUUAUGACAAAAUUAGUUGGGCUUUCUAAACAUUGAUGUUAUCAUUCCAGAUUUUGAUGCCAGUAUUUGUGUCCUUUUUACUAUAACAGCCCUUAGUUUUUACGUGUCAAAAUUUCACUGGAACAUUACGGUAUACCAUUGUUGUCUUGUAAAAUCUUUGUGCAGAGAUCUUCUCAAUCUUCUCGCCGCGAUAGCUCAGUUGGUUAGAGCGCCAUGUAACCUCUGGUGAAAGUUCAAGGUGUGUUGUAUGAUGUUCCCUAUCCGUGUCAGUUUGUGUUUUUCGGAAAGCUGAGAAACGGGUCGAUCUGUGCUAUCAUGGUUGUUACCUUGAGCAAGACAUUUUAACUAAAUUGUUCUUGGUGGCAUAUGACAGACCUCCCGUAUGUUGUUCUGUGAAGUAGUCACCAACUACUACAAGGAGACUCUGCCUCAAAAUAAACAUGGCUGCUCGCAGGGCAAUAAACCAGCAAAAAAAAAACAAAAACAAACAAACAAACAAACAAACAAAAACAAACAAAAAAUCUCAUUCAGUUUUAAACUGUUUGAAACUUGGUUGGUUAUGAUAAUUUUGUUAUGUAGUUUUGUUUUCAUUGUUAUGAUUCCAAUGGAUAAAAAGUUUGCAGUUAAAAUCCUAAUUGUUGAUCCAGGAUUUGGUGCAAAUUUGAUUUAAGUCACAGGGACUUCACGCAAUUUCCAAGUCCAUUGGUCCAUAAAUGUAUUUUAUGUAUCAAUUUGUGUCAAGUCCCUGUGAUAAUUUACUAUUGCUUUAAACAACAAUUAAUGUAUGAAUUGAUUCAGUUAUUACCGUAAUUCUUGCAAAAAAAAAAAAAAAAUUUGUUGUUGAUAAAAGUAAAUGAAUGAUAUGAUAAACCUCGUUAUUUCUGCAAGUGUUAAAUUUUGUGAAUUCAACAGAUAAACUAACACAUGAGGGUUGUUUCUGCGAGUGUUAAACUUCGUGAUUUUGACUGAUAAACUCAUGUAUGAGGGUUGUUUUUGAGAAUGGUAAUUUUGCAAUUUCGAUAUACACAUGAGGGUUAAUUUUUUCACUUUUUCCAUCAAUACAUACCACAUACAUCACAAAUAAUUUGCGUGAGUAAAUUUUUUGCAGCCCAAUUGCAUUUGCAUAUUUUGCUUAAAUAUACCCUUUGCGUAAAUAACCAUCUUUACAGUAACGUAGAUAAAUCUAUGUGGUUGUUAUUUGUUAAUUCUAGCAAGUUGUUGAAUUUUAGAAAAGGGAAUACUCAACUGUAAAAAGGCUAAAUGAAAUCAAUUAUUUGGUUCUCAGGCCAAUUUUUCUAAAAAUGAGGAAGGAAGUCGCACUGUUUGUAUCAUUUAAUUAGUGAAAACAGAUGAUCGCAAUUACCUUUUCUUUUUAUCUUUUUAACCAAUCAUCCAUUUUCAUAUUAACUGCUUCAAAAUGAGGGAAACAAUGAUCAUUGUUCUUUGUCUUUGUUUCAAAUUAAUGAAUAAAUAUAAUGGAUAUUACAGGAGGGAGGUUUGUCGGUGAUGAGUUUUUCCAAACAUUCUUCUCUCGAAGAAUAAUAUUAGGGACAUUUUUUUUAUUACUAACCAAGGAAAUAUAUGAGUUGAUUGGUUUUUUUUUUUAAUUCAGAGCAGAUGAGGGCCUGAGAACCGCAUACUAGUUUUUUGGCCUUAUCAUUCAGCUAUAUUUUAUAUAAUUUUAUACAGCUGGUCGCUAACAGCUAUUCGACCUUUUGUUAGUUUUGUUGUAGUAUGUUUAACAUACAUGUUGUUAUGAUUUGUAUGAGGAGGUUGAAUUAUAUCAAAAUAUUUUUGUUAUGUUUUAAAUUGAUAGCUGUAUUGUUAUCAGUAAAUAUUACGAAAAAAAAAAAAAUAUUAAUCAAGAAUCUCUUGAGCAUAUUCUACCAAAAAAUAUUUCAGUAUUGGGAUGUCGGAAAAUUUUCUUUUUAUAUCACACCACUCUGCUUAAUAUCAUAUCAGUUAAUAUCAUAUUGUUCAAUAUCAUUUUUCUGUUAUUGUCAUGUUUGACUUAAAACAGAUGUUUUCUAGUUUGCUUUAUAUCAAGCUUCUUUGUUUGUUGUUGUGGAAUAUUUUCCAAAUAUAGCUUAUUAAUACAUAAACGUAAAAUAUAUACUUUUUUAUUUUACAAUUACGAAACAAGUCAUAUCAACUUAUGACAAUCACGCUUGGAAGUGUGGGAGGGGUCUGACUGUGGGAACCCCGGCCGCCGAGGUGAAAGGCAAGUGUGUUACCACUGGGCCUCCCACCAUCCUAUUAACAUACAACGCAUACAAAAAUAUCCGAUAAUUUAUAUAAUUACUGUACAACAUGAAAUAUUUGUGGGUAAUUUUUUUGGUGGUUUUAGAAAUAUUUUAAUAGGUAGGUGGUAUGAAUUGUCAUGGGUAUCUUAUUUUAACAAAGGUAGUCUAGUAAUAAAUUUCAAUAUAAAUUACAAGGUUUGGGAGUUUUAUUCCGUUUGACUCUAUCAGGUCCCGACGUGUGAUCAGACCUUUAAUUGAUAGUAGUAAGAUAAACAUCUAUUAAUGACGACGUGUAUGUCACUUAGGAGUCAUCUAAAAAUGAUCAUACAUGAACUUUUUUUUAUUCUUUUUUCUGAAGAAAAAAAUAACUUUAAUCCUUUCACCCCUACUGGCCAUAUUGGACUUCAAGUGAUGAAUGAAUGGCAGGGUCCACUAAUGUUUCUUAGGGUUGAAAGGGUUAAUUUAUUUUUAGUAUUACUUGGUUUAUUUGGUGCCUGUUAGCUUUUCCUAAUAAUCUGCAGUUCUAGUAUUUAUCGCCUUAUUUCUUACUAAUUAACUUUAAAACAUGAAAUUCAAAUAUAGAGAUAUAUGGUCAGGGACAUGUAUAUUAGUGUACAUCCCUGAGUCGGGGACAUAUAUAUUGGUGUACGUCCCCAAAUCAGGGACAUGUUUAUUAAUAUACGUUCCCGAAUCAGGGACAUGUUUAUUAAUAUACGUCCCCGAAUAAUGGACAAAUAUAUUGUGUACGUCCCUGUGUCAGGGACAUAUAGGGAUAUGUAUAUUGGUGUACGUCCCUGAAUCAGAGACAUGUAUAUCAGUGGUCGUCCCUGAAUCAGGGACAUGUAUAUUUGUGUACGUCCCUGGAGCAGGGACAUGUAUAUUUGUGUACGUCCCUGGAGCAGCGACAUGUAUAUUUGUGUACGUCCCUGGAGCAGGGACAUGUAUAUUUGUGUACGUCCCUGGAGCAGGGACAUGUAUAUUUGUGUACGUCCCUGGAGCAGGGAUAUAUAUAUUGGUGUACCUAUGUCCCUGAAUCAAGGACAUGUAUAGUCUGGUACGUCCCGGAAUCAGAUGCAGUAUCGUAUUCAUGAUUGAUUAUUUUUUUAUUUGAAAUUGUGUUCAUAUAUUCUGAAAUUCUAAAAAUAAAAUUUGGUGCACUGUGAAA